AUGGCAGAUAUCGAUACGGCCAAUGCCGCUUUGGCAGUCCAACUUGAGCUACAGGAUCUAGAAACGUCCCUGACGACAAGUAACAGCAAUGAAGAGAAGGCUCGAAUCCGCGACCGCGUCGCUACCCUUCACUUCCAACUUGAAGAACUUGCGAUAUUCGAUACCCAACAAGCAAACGUGAGACUACAGCAGAGUAUCUACCGAGCCAUGCUCUCAGACUUCCCGGAAGUUGACCGAAUACUCGCACAAGAAACGCAUGCCACGAACGGUAAUCAAAAUCAACAACCCGAACAGAGAGACAACAACUCAGCCACCAGAGUCGUGGGCAAAGAUGGAUACUACGAGGACCCCCGAAUUCAACCCGAUGGAAGUACUAGUCUAGAAGCAUACGUACACGAUCUUGAGGCUGACGAAGUUCAUUCAUCGGCAGAGUGCUACGCUUGCAUGGGAAAUACCCCAUAUUCUCAACUCAUCAGUCAUGAAGAGUGCGAGCAUCUCUGGUGCCGUCCGUGUCUGUGGGAACGUUUCGAGUUGGUUUUGAAGAACGAGAGCCAAUAUCCUGUCCGAUGCUGCCGGAGACUUCCCACUAUCUCCCAUCAAAAUCCCACCAUUGUACGACUUCUGGGAGAGGAAACAGUCGCCAAGCUGGAGUUGAAGAUCAAGGAAUAUACCACAGCCGAUCGGACGUACUGCCACGACCCUACUUGCUCGACAUUCAUUGACCCAGACACGUUCGCAGACAGAAUGGCCACUUGCCCCUCGUGUCAGAAACACACCUGUGUGAUGUGCAAAGCCGAGUUUCACUCCCUCCCCACCUGCAAGGAAUCGCAGGAUAGGGCCUUCAACGACUGGGUAACGGCGAAUGAAGCAUCGACAUGCCCCAACUGUCACCGUGUGAUCAUCAUCUCGCACGGCUGCAAUCAUAUGAGGUAG